AUGACGACCUCGGCCCUGCGGCGGCAGGUGAAGAACAUCGUGCACAACUACUCGGAGGCGGAGAUCAAAGUGCGCGAGGCCACGUCCAACGACCCCUGGGGCCCGUCCAGCUCGCUGAUGUCGGAGAUCGCCGACCUCACCUUCAACGUGGUGGCCUUCACCGAGGUCAUGGGCAUGAUCUGGAAGCGGCUGAACGACCACGGCAAGAACUGGCGGCACGUCUACAAGGCGCUGACGCUGCUGGACUACCUGAUCAAGACGGGCUCGGAGCGCGUGGCCCAGCAGUGCCGCGAGAACGUCUUCACCGUGCAGACGCUUCGCGACUUCCAGUACGUGGACCGCGACGGCAAGGACCAGGGCGUGAACGUGCGCGAGAAGGCCAAGCAGCUGGUGUGCCUCAUGCGCGACGAGGAGCGGCUCAAGCAGGAGCGCGCCCAGGCGCUCAAGACCAAGGAGCGCAUGGCCGGGCUGGCCACCGGGAUGGGCUCGGGCUCCGGCGCCCUGCCCCCGCCCUACCCCGGCCGCCGCACCAGCCAGCCCAGCAUGGCCGCCCUCUACGGGGAGGAGUUCAGCCGGUCCCGCGGGUCUCCGUCCUCCUUCAACUCCUCAGAUCUGGAGCAGGCCCGGCCGCAGACCAGCGGGGAGGAGGAGCUGCAGCUGCAGCUGGCACUGGCCAUGAGCCGCGAGGAGAGUGAGAAGCCCCCCCCUCGCCCGGAAAUGGACGAGCAGACGCAGCUCGAGGUCGCCCUCUACCUGAGCAAGGAGCAGCUGCAGCAGCCAGCCCCGCCCCCUCCCGUUGCCCUGGAGAUGGAUGAGGACAUGCAGCUCCAGAUAGCCUUGAGUCUCAGCAAAGAGGAGCACGAGCAGGAGCAGCGUAGUCGUCAGGGAGACGAGUCUCUGCUGCAGAAAGCUCUGGAGGAGAGCAGGAGGGAGAGUGAGAGUGGGACGGGGGAGUCGGCCAUGAUGGACCUGGUGGACAUUUUCGGGCCGGUCUCUGCUGCGUCCCCUUCUGACGAUCCCUGGGACGCCCCGCCCACCACCCUGACGACCUCUGACCCCUGGGACUCUGUGGCGGGAGCUCGCUCCACCACUCCGGUGAUUGGCAGUCCGUGGAUGGCCCCCCCAGGCUCCAGUAGCCCCUCCCAGCCCUGGGGUCUCGCACACGCUCAGUCCGAUCCCUGGGAUGCUCCGCCCACCGCCCCGAGCCCCAACCUAGCCAGCCAAUCGUGGAGCUCCCCUGCCCAUCCUGACACAGGUGCACCUGGGAUAGACCCCUUCUCCCUCCCAGCUGAGAAUGCAGAGCAGCUGGACGGCAUCUCCCCCAGAGUCUUCACCCCGCGCUCAGGAAGCCCUACAGACGCAGACCCGUUUGGGGAGGGGGGCAGGGCGGGGCAGGUGAACGGCCGGAGGGAGGGCAGCCCGGAGCUCUUUGACCUGUCCCGUCUCGGGGAGACCCUUCGAGUGCCCAGCCCGCGCACCUGCCGCACCCCUGAGGCCUUCCUGGGGCCCACGGCCGCCUCGCUGGUCAACCUGGACGCGCUGAUCCCCCCCAACCCCCCCACCAAAAACAAGAACCCCUUCCUCUCAGGUCUGAGUGCUCCCUCGCCCACCAACCCUUUCCACAGCGAGCAGCCGCGCCUCACGCUGAACCAGAUGCGCCCGAGCUCCACCUCCCCGCUGCCCCCCGCGGCCCUGCCCUACAGCGCCUCCCUGCCCCUGCCCCUCAGCCACCAGCCGCCGGCCCUGCCCUCCUCCUUCACCCAGCCCGCGCGCGGCCUCCAGGAGCUGCAGCCCGCGGCCCCGCCCGGCCUGCUGGAGAUGCCCACCAACCUGCCUCAGCCGCUGCUGCCCCUCUCGCCCGCCCCCCCGGGGGCGGAGUCCCACGCCCACAACCCCUUCCUGUGA